AUGGUUCUACUACUCCUGCUCCUAAUCCAGCGCCUGCUCCAGCGCCUGCUCCAGCGCCUGCUCCAGCUACAGAUUCCAGUGGUUCAGGUUCUAGUAGUUCUGGUUCUACUACUCCUGCUCCUAAUCCAGCGCCUGCUCCAGCUACAGAUUCUAGUAGUUCAGGCUCUAGUGGUUCAGGUUCUACUACUCCUGCUCCUAAUCCAGCGCCUGCUCCAGCUACAGAUUCUAGUGGCUCAGGCUCUGAUGGCUCAGGCUCUGGUGGUUCAGGCUCUGGUGGUUCAGGCUCUGGUGGUUCAGGUUCUGGUGGUUCAGGCUCUGGUGGUUCAGGCUCUGGUGGUUCAGGCUCUGGUGGUUCAGGCUCUGGUGGUUCAGGUUCUGGUGGUUCAGGCUCUGGUGGUUCAGGCUCUUGUGGUUCGGGCUCCGGUGGUUCGGGCUCCGGUGGUUCGGGCUCCGGUGGUUCAGGCUCUGGUGGUUCAGGCUCUGGUGGUUCAGGCUCUAGUGGUUCAGGCUCUGGUGGUUCAGGCUCUAGUGGUUCAGGCUCUAGUAGUUCAGGCUCCGGUGGUUCGGGCUCUUGUGGUUCAGGCUCUGGUGGUUCAGGCUCUACAGAUUCCAAAACACCUCCACCAGCAGAGCCAGCUACCAAACCGAAAGAUUCCAAAACACCUCCACCGCCUCCGAAGAUGGGCGCCUCCACUAAUGAUAAUGCUGAGAUUUACAGCCUGA